CGUGAAUGUCCCGCCCCGCUCUGUGCUGAGAACUCCUGACAACUUGUGGAACAGGAGGGAGCUCCCACACCGCAGCCCAGCUCAGACAUGACUGCCAGAUCCCAGGGACAUCCUGUCUUCCAGAGCCAGAGCUCCAGCACGCAGCAUCUGAGAGACCGUCAGCGCUUCUUCGAGGAUGUCCUGUCGCAUGAUGUAGACACGUACUACCCCCAAAUACACCUGCUGAGCGACCGAUGGAGGCCUCCACUGGACAGUGUAUCAUCAAUGGAAGUGAACAUCGACUCAGUGGAGCUGUCUGAACCCCUGGACAUCAGUGAGCUGGAACCCAGCGAUACUUUCCAACAGCCAGAAGACCCCAUGAGUCCUCUGGUUACUCCUGGCGACUUCCGAGGAAUUGACUAUUUUACCCUUCACUUCCCGUUUUCUCCUGGUUCUGGCCAGCAGACACCAGCACAUGACAGUAGUGACGCCGGUGACAGACAAGAGGAAGCUGCAGAUGAGCAAUCCAAAGAACACAUCCUCAAUCUGGAUUCUGAAAACAGCGACCACAAGAAGACGCCCUUGUCUGAAGCACAAUAACCUGCUGCCUCCUCUGAAAAGACUAUGGUACUCGCCAGUGCCCACUACGGCUUUUCUCCUGGGUUAGAAAUGUAUGAUAGUAGAUUGUAAAUGAGCCAAUGGCCAAGAGUUUCUAGUGAAUGGAUACUGACGGUUGUAUGGCAGCUGCUGUAUAAGAUGGGCAUUCAGUAGCAGUAAGCUCUGCACAAUGCUGUAUUUUUAGGAAAAUAGUUUUUUAAUGCAUUCCAAUGUUUUCUGUCGCAGCACGGUUCUGUGCGGUUAGGUUUGAUGAGGACUAAGGUCAGGCUGCCCUUUCAGGAGCCCCAUCUAUUAAUAAUCUUGUUCUAGGAAGAGAAUGUUGAUUGGGACAAAAGUGCAACAUCCUUCUAUUUCCGUCCGCGCCAUGUGAAGUCAGAUGAAACGGUAACUUGAUCAUAAUCCUCAAGUGAUUAUAUCAGAAAUUAAGAUUUACCUAUGGCGCCCUCUAGUGAAAGUACUGGUGUUGACAGGUGGCAGUCCUGCGUACUUCUUUCUGUUCGAUGCACAAAUAAAGUUGCAGUGAAAUCUCAUGAAUAUCCCAUCUGAUAAUCCAGAAUGUCUGAUCAUUUGGCACUGAUUUUAAGUGCAAAAAAUGCAAUAUAAUUUGGGAUUUCACAAGAAAAAAAUCCAGGAGCAGAGAAAUCCAAUAAGUAAUAUAUAUUUUUUUAUUAAUUCGUCAGAUUUAAAAAGGCUUGAUUAUAAUAAGAGAUGAUUAAAAGCUCAAUGAAAACUCAGGCAGCCCCUGUGCUAAAAUAACAAAGGAAGCCAUACUUACCCCAUUUUUUCCCUGCUUCUUCCAGCGCUGAGCUCCAGUACUCCCCGCUGCUGGCGUCAUCUUCCUGGCUGCAGCAGUGACUUUUCCUGCACACAGAUCACCGUGCAGCCAAUCAUCGGCCUCAGCAGUACAUGGGACAUCACUGCUGCAGUAAGGAAAACAGGAGCUCAGCACUGAAAGUAGGGGAGAAAAGGGCUAAGUAUGGCUUCUUAUGCACAUGUACAGGGCCUGCACGAGUUUUUUUUAACUCAGAUAACCCAUUUUAAGGCAAGAUAUUUGGGAUGGAUAUUUCAGAACUUUCUGCAACAAAUCUGUUGAGUGUGAACAUGUCCCAUUACUCUUUAGGCUACCUGCGCAUGUUGCAAUAUUGGCGUGGACAUUUUUGGCAGAAACGCCACAAGAAUCUGCAAGGAGACCUGCAGUGGCAGAUCCGCACCAAAUUAUGUGGAUUUGCCUGCAGAUUUCACCCGUGUACAUUCGUGCAGAUUCCGCAGACGGAUCCAGACCCAUUCAAUUUAAAUAGGUCCGUGAUCCG